AAAAACUAAAAAGUCAGGAGAAACUCACUUUUUUCACUUGAAAGGUUUGUUUGGUUGGCAAGUUAGAGUUUGCUUACUCCUUACCUUUUUUUUUCCCUCCUUCCCUUGUUAAUUCAGGAAUAAAGUAAUUUAUUGCAAAAAGAAAUACUUGGGGGCUUUUUCCUUACUUGCAAGGUAGAAAGUUUAGUAAGAUCUGAAAAAAUCUUGGGUUGGUUUAAAGAUGAAUUCUUUUGAUUCUUUUCCAUGGUUUUUUUCCUCUUCAAUUUGGUCUUUGUCUACUUUUUUUUUUUUUUUUUUAAAUCAUAAGUACUAUUUUUUCCUAUGCUAAUUUACCCAUUAUUUUAGAUUUUGAUUGCCUAUGGUUAGAUCUGGAAUGAGGGAAUCCCGAAUUCUGUUGUGUUUUCUCUGACACACAGACUCCCCAAUAAAUUAAAAACAGAAGGGAGAAGAAGAUUGAUUUUCUAUUCAUUUCAGACCUCUGAUACCCCCCUCCAAGACAAGGGGAGGAGAAUCAACCAAACAAUCCCAAAAGAUUCUCCCUUUUGCUUCUUAUUCUUCGAUGAAUCCUAGAAUGUGACUCUCUCAAUUACUGGGUCUUCCUUAGUUUCAUCAAAGGGAUAGAGGAAGUGUUGUUUAUUGGUGUACAAGACAUGGAGAAUUUUCCCAAGGUGUUGUGUGGGUGGAGCUGGGAGGAGAACAAGUUGUUUGAGCUGGCUCUGGCAGUGGUUGAUGAUCAACAUCCAGAUCGGUGGGAGGUGGUUGCCGCCAUGGUUGGAGGGAACAAGAGUGCGGAGGAGGUGCAGAAACAUUAUGUAAUCCUUUUGGAGGAUUUGAAGUUAAUAGAGUCUGGUAAUCUGGACCAUAAACUUGGAGAACCUCAGUCUUGUAUUAAGGUGGACUGCUCUCAACCUGUAUGCUGGAGUGAUGAAGAUAACAAAUUACAGGUUCAGUUGGACUUAAAUUGAUUUCUUGGCGGCCAACGGGAUUCAUGGCAUUAGAUUUCAUGAGUAUGAAGAAUGCAAGGCAUGAGAAAAGAGAUGGCAUCAGCUGUUUCUAGAGAAAAAGAAGCCUAUACUUGGAGCAGAAAUCAUCAAAAAGGAAAUAUUUCUCCAAUUAGUCUUGCUUUAGAAUUUUAUUUCUGGUUUCUUUUUUACUUGGCUGUUAAGCUGCUCAGAAUCAUAACUGUACUAGUCAUUCUAUUCAUUUUCAUUCACUGGGCAUCAUGGUAUUCGA